UAAGGUGUUGCUAAGGCGUCGCCUUACCAGCGCCUUAAAAACUAUGAUGGUUGGUCUUGGGGGAUAUUUGCGUUCCCCACCCGGGGGGGGGUUUGGAAAAAUUGCAGUUUCUGUGUUUUAAGGCUUUUCUGUUUUGUGGUAGUAGGUUUUUCACCCAGUGGCUCGGGAAAUGCUUGGAAUGAUGUAGCUACUAGCUAAAUCAGCUAUGUUUCUUUGUGGCCUCCCACAUUCUCCCUCCUCAUUUUGUACUUUCUAGCUUUUCUCCUUCUGUUUGAGGUUAAGCGCCAUUAUUUUUGUGUCUCAUCUCCUUUCUGUGAUUAAUAAAGUUUUUGUUGCCUAUCAAAAUAAAUAUUAAUAUGGGAAAAUGUUUUCUAUGAGGGAGGGUGGCCCCUACGCCCAGACACGGGGGGGGGGGGGAUGACCAUCCCGCCCCCAUAAAAGGAAAAUUGACUUCUGUGGGUGCUUCCUUGUGUAUUCUCAUUGGCCCUUGCGCACAAGCAGGAAAUGCACUCCGCCAUAGGAAACACUUCCCCGAUUAGUAUUGAUGAUAAAAUAAAAAGAGAAAACACAUACAUUGAUAUGGUGUAUCUAUGUGUUGUUGUGAUCUUAGACGCUGAAAAGUGGUAUAUUUCCCAUGUCCAUUUCGUUUAUUCUAUAUUUCUUGAGAUAUGCAUUUAUUACGAGGUGGAAUUCAUCACUGAUAUGAUGAACUACAUUUGAAACCUGUCUAUUGGUGCCAUUGCAUGGAUCUUUGCAGAGACACCAUCUGAUUUUUUCCAUUCAUACUGCUUUUGAUGUUUCUCUGUUAUCACAUGUCAUACUUGGAUGAAUUCAUCCUCUUUUGAUACAUGAAGCAAUGCCUGUUAAUCAAUUCAAGUAACAUUACCGAUAGGAAAAAAAAAAAAAUCAACUAAUAUGCAUUAGAUAUUUGAUAUCAAAUCAUCUUUUUGGCAGAUACAUGGUUAUAAAUUAUGUAUAUUUUAGUAGUUAGCGGUUUAUUCUGUUUGCACCUUGAACUUGGAUGCUAACACUUGAUAUUGUGACUCCGUUCUGGUCAGGGUACUGGAUAUACUUCAUAUCGAUUACUGUUUCUACUUGUAAGGGAUGGUUUUGCGGGUCACAUUCUUGUGCAUUUGUUCUGAUGGCAUGUCCCAGCAUUCUCUUCCUUGCAGCAUUUCUGCUACUUUUAUCAUUCUGGGUCGAUCUUUGCCAUCAGGCAAAUGAUGAAGAUGAGGAGGAUGAAGACAAUAGUUUUCGAGAAGCCUUAUUGGAAAAGGCACAGGUUAAACCAGGUUCAUCCAACCAGGAUAGUCACCGAAAAUGCUGUCCUUUCCAUGUCAUUCACGUUGGAAACCGGCAAAAAUUUGUGAUUUUGGUUAUUGUGCUAGUGUUUUUCUUUAUGAUGGCAUUUGCGGUGCUAAUCUGGAUCGGUUGGGGAAAAAAUCCUAUUGAUUCUUCUGCUGUGGCUCGUAUAUACAUAGAUAUCUCUUCCAUAGCAACGCUUUUACUUGGAGGGGCUCUGGCUUGCUAUGGCCUGGUAUUGUUCUUGAAAAUGAGCGAAGUACGAUCUGACAAGGCUUCAUCUGAGAUGUGGAAGGUUGCUGGUCUGGCAGUUGUCUCUGUUGUAUGUUUCACAUCCGGUGCUCUUGUGGCUCUUUUAAGUGAUAUUCCUUUGCUUUAUUACUGGCAUCAGAAAUCAAUCAAGGGUGUAAAAACUCCAGUUCUUAUAAUUCUAUAUUAUUUCAUAGGUUCAUCAGUACCCUCAGCUUUUGUAUUAUGGGUCAUGAGAGAAAUGCCACCACCCCUGACUAGACAACCUCAAUCCAGAAUAGUGACUUUCAUCAGAAAUGGACCAGCAACCAUGCAUCAUUCCCAACACUGGACUACAGCCAGAAGCUCACAGAAUCAGGCGUCAAGAGCUAGCCCCAUUUAGGGAAUCACAUGAAGAUGCAAUACUCAGCAUGUCUAUUUUUUGUGAAACUCAGAGAGACAUGGAUAAAAAGUGCAGGGACACUGUUGCUACAAGGUUUUGACUUUCAAUCACAAAACUGAAGGCAGUAUUGAAGCUGUUAACAUCAUCUUGAUGGGCCAUCAAAUCGCAGCCUAAAGGUUGUAGUUGCCAUGGUUUUGGUACUUUACACAUGUAAAUAGCAGCAGAUGUGUUGCUCUUAGCCAGUUUAACAUAUAUAUAAUUUUUUUUAACGUUUUGUAAAAAAUAUAAUGUUUGAAAGCAAGUAGGUUAUGCCUGCGGCCCACGCUUUAUGUUGUACCUUUCUCUGUUAUUAUUGGGCUUUCUUAUUUUGUGUUUUGACUA